AUGGGUUUCCGCUUCAUGACGCAGCUGCGAGGCAUGCGCGCGGUGCCGGCGCUCCUUUCCGCGCUGCUGCUGGUGAUGCUCGCGGGGGCCCAGCGAGCUUGCCCGAAGAACUGCAGGUGCGAUGGCAAGAUCGUGUACUGCGAGUCCCACGCGUUCGCAGACAUCCCGGAGAACAUCUCUGGAGGAUCCCAGGGCUUGUCAUUAAGGUUCAACAGCAUUCAGAAACUCAAAUCCAAUCAGUUCGCUGGCCUUAACCAGCUUAUAUGGCUUUAUCUGGACCAUAAUUACAUCAGCUCCGUGGACGAGGAUGCGUUUCAAGGCAUCCGCAGACUGAAAGAAUUGAUCCUGAGCUCCAACAAAAUCACCUACCUGCACAAUAAGACCUUCCACCCCGUUCCCAAUCUCCGCAACCUGGACCUCUCCUACAACAAGCUGCAGACUUUGCAGUCGGAGCAGUUCCGAGGCCUCCGGAAGCUCAUCAUCUUGCACUUGAGGUCCAACUCCUUAAAGACGGUGCCCAUUCGAGUGUUCCAAGACUGCCGGAACCUGGACUUCCUGGACCUGGGUUACAAUCGCCUCCGCAGCUUGUCCCGAAACGCCUUCGCGGGCCUCCUGAAGCUAAAGGAACUCCACCUGGAGCACAACCAGUUUUCCAAGAUCAAUUUCGCCCACUUCCCGCGGCUCUUCAACCUGCGCUCCAUCUACUUGCAAUGGAACAGGAUUCGCUCCAUCAGCCAGGGCCUGACGUGGACCUGGAGUUCCUUGCACAACUUGGAUUUAUCGGGGAACGACAUCCAAGGGAUCGAGCCGGGCACGUUCAAAUGCCUGCCCAACUUGCAGAAGCUGAACCUGGAUUCCAACAAGCUCACCAACAUCUCCCAGGAGACUGUCAACGCGUGGAUAUCCUUAAUAUCCAUCACGCUGUCCGGCAACAUGUGGGAGUGCAGUCGGAGUAUCUGCCCCCUCUUUUUCUGGCUUAAGAAUUUCAAAGGCACCAAGGAGAGCACCAUGAUCUGUGCGGGACCCAAGCACAUCCAGGGGGAGAAGGUCAGCGAUGCGGUGGAAACCUACAACAUCUGCUCCGAGGUCCCGGUGGUCAACACGGAGAAGUCCCACCUGGUGCCCCACACGCCCCAGAAGCCUCUGGUGAUCCCCAAGCCCACCGUCUCCAAAUCUGACCCCUUGCAGUCCACCCUGGGGACACCCAGCCCCUCCCCGGCGUUUCCGAUCCCCGGUGCAGAACAGGAUUAUGAGCAUGUGUCCUUUCACAAGAUCAUUGCCGGGAGCGUGGCCCUCUUCCUCUCGGUGGCCAUGAUCCUGCUGGUCAUCUACGUGUCCUGGAAGCGCUACCCCGCCAGCAUGAAGCAGCUGCAGCAGCACUCGCUCAUGAAGAGGCGGCGGAAAAAGACCAGGGAGUCUGAGAGGCAGAUGAAUUCCCCCUUGCAAGAGUAUUACGUGGACUACAAGCCUACAAACUCUGAGACCAUGGAUAUAUCCGUUAACGGAUCUGGGCCCUGCACAUAUACCAUCUCUGGCUCCAGGGAAUGCGAGGUCCCACACCACGUGAAGCCCUUGCCGUAUUACAGCUACGACCAGCCGGUGAUCGGAUACUGCCAGGCUCACCAGCCGCUCCACGUCAACAAGGGCUACGAAGCCGUGUCCCUGGAGCAGGACGAAACCCCCGGCUUGGAGCUCGGCCGUGACCACAGCUUCAUCGCUACCAUCGCCAGGUCGGCAGCACCCACCAUUUACCUGGAGAGAUUAACAAACUGA